AUGGUGAAGAACCCCGCAAGAAAGAACGUCAAUACAGGCAGUUUCUCCAGCCAUAAGUAUGAAGCAAUCCCAUCCUCUGAUGACCAAGAUCUGGGUCGAGACUUUCGAUACUCUGUAGACUUGCCGGACAAUCACCACGUCCUCCUUGGAGAGCAUCUGAAGCAACUACAGAAAAGAAAUAAAAAGCAAUUGAUCAUGACGACACUCAUAGCUCUCAGCUGUUUUGCCUUUUUCUAUUUGGCUAUAUUGUACGUUGGUCCUACAAAUGGAUCAUGUGAUACGGUAGAGGAAGGAUAUGUCUGCGAUCCCAAGAUCACACAUACAUGGGGUCAAUACUCGCCUUAUUACGAAGUGCCUUCACAAAUUGCUACUACGUUACCGAAGCAAUGCCAAGUGACUUUUGUCAACAUGCUCUCCCGCCACGGUGCUCGGAACCCUACUUCUUCAAAGACUGCCAAGUAUGAAGCAUUGGUCAACCGAAUUCACUCGGACGCCACAUCCUAUGGGGAUGACUAUGCUUUCAUCGAGGAGUACAACUACACUUUGGGAGCCGAUGAUCUUACUUUCUUCGGCCAAAUGCAGAUGGUCAACUCUGGCAUCAAGUUCUACAAGCGUUACGAAACUUUGGCCAAAAGCAUUACCCCCUUUGUCCGUUCUUCAGGAUCAGACCGAGUCGUGGAAUCUGCUAUGAAUUGGACACAAGGUUUCCAUGCUACUCGUCUCCAAGACUCGAAAGCAAACUCAGACGAUGGCUACCCCUACACGAUCGUCACCAUGAGCGAGGCGGACGGGACCAACAACACCUUGAGUCAUGGUCUCUGCACCGACUUUGAAGAUGGCUACGACUCCACCAUCUCUGAUAGCGCUCAAGCAACCUGGGCCGCAAUUUUCACUCCAGACAUCUCCGCUCGCUUGAACAAAAACCUCCCAGGUGUGAACUUUACCACCACAGACACAAUCUACUUCAUGGAUCUCUGCCCCUUCAACACCGUAGCCAACGACCUCGGCACCAUCUCCCCUUUCUGCAGCCUCAUCACCGAGGAUGAAUGGAAAGCCUACGAUUAUUACCAAUCCCUCGGAAAGUACUACGGUUACGGCUGGGGAAAUCCUCUAGGCGCAACUCAAGGUGUGGGAUUUACCAAUGAGCUUAUUGCCCGUAUGACAGACACCGCUGUCCAUGACCACACUAGCACGAACUCCACGUUAGACGAUAAUCCUUCGACCUUCCCUGUUGGAGGAAAGACUGUGCUUUAUGCGGAUUUCAGUCAUGAUAGUGAUAUGACUGCUAUUUUCGCCGCGUUGGGACUUUAUAACUCGACGGCACCGCUGCUGAAUACAACAUAUGAGACUGUUCAAGAGACGAAAGGAUACUCGGCUGCGUGGACAGUGGCCUUUGGUGCGAGAGCUUAUUUCGAGAAGAUGAAUUGUGUAGGAUAUAAUGAGGAGUUGGUUAGAGUGGUGGUCAACGACCGGGUGUUGCCAUUAGAGACGUGCGGUGGAGAUGAGUUUGGGAGGUGUAGGCUGAGCAGCUUUGUGAAUAGCCUGAGCUUUGCUAGGGAGGGUGGUGAUUGGGAUCAAUGCUUCUUAUAG